GCCUGUACCUGUCCGUCUGUACCUCCUGUUCUGCUUGCUGCUGCACUGCUUCCUCAUCACCGUCCACCGUCUUUAAUCCGACUUGAACGUCCCGAGGUUCUGUCUGUUCCCUCCUCCACUCUCUCUUCGACUUCCCCUUACUCCUCUGGGAGCCUCGAGUCUCGUCACCCCCUCCCCCACGUUCAUCGACCCCAAACAACGUCACCAUGUCGACCAACUUCCGCGAUCGCGCCAUCGCAGAGGUGCAAAAGGCCAUCACAGCCGACCACAACAAGGAGUACCAAAAAGCCUUCGACCUAUACAUGUCUUCCAUGGAACUCUGGGUCAAGGCGCUCAAGUGGGAGAAGAACAAGGCCCUUAAAGUCACCAUGCAGGAGAAGAUGGCGACGUACCUCGACCGCGCAGAAAAGCUCAAGCAAUUCCUCGCCGCCGAGAACGAAAACGCAAACGGCGGCGGAAAGGCUAUCAUGGGCGCUAACGGCAGCUCAACUGGCAAGGGGAAGCCGCAGGCUGGUGAGGACGACGAUAGCAAGAAGUUGCGCAACGCGCUGUCUGGUGCUAUUCUCCAGGAGAGGCCCAACGUGCGGUGGGAGGAUAUCGCUGGUCUUGAGGGUGCGAAGGAGACGUUGAAGGAGGCUGUUGUUCUCCCCAUCAAGUUCCCCAGUCUGUUCCAGGGCAAGCGACAGGCGUGGAAGGGUAUCUUGCUGUACGGUCCUCCAGGAACGGGUAAAAGUUACCUCGCCAAGGCUGUAGCGACAGAGGCGAACAGUACCUUUUUCAGUAUCAGCAGUUCCGACUUGGUCAGCAAAUGGAUGGGUGAAAGUGAAAGACUUGUCAAGCUUCUCUUCUCCAUGGCGCGCGAAAACAAGCCCUCAGUUAUCUUCAUCGACGAGAUCGAUGCCCUCUGCGGCCCAAGAGGUGAAGGCGAAUCCGAAGCCUCACGUCGUAUAAAGACCGAGAUACUUGUUCAGAUGGACGGUGUAGGCAACGACAGCAAGGGUAUUCUGGUCCUGGGCGCCACCAAUAUUCCCUGGCAAUUAGACGCUGCUAUUCGCCGACGUUUCCAGCGCCGUGUGCAUAUUGGUCUUCCCGACAUGAAUGGUCGCGCGCGCAUGUUCAAGCUAGCCAUCGGCGACACUGAGACCUCUCUCCAGGCUAGCGAUUACAAUAUUCUUGCUGCCAAGUCCGAUGGAAUGUCGGGUAGUGAUAUCGCCAACGUUGUUCAAUCUGCUCUUAUGCGACCGGUCCGCAAGAUUCUACAAGCCACGCACUUCAAGCCUGUUAUGAAAGACGGCAAGCGCAUGUUGACGCCCUGCUCACCAGGCGACCCCGAAAAGAUAGAGAUGACAUACGACGACGUCUCAUCCGACGAACUACUUGCACCAGACGUUGCGCUGAAGGACUUCGAGAUGGCGCUUGACGAUUCGCAUCCAACUGUUUCCAAGGAUGAUAUUGCAAGGCAGAUUGAGUGGACCAAUGAGUUUGGAAGUGAGGGCGCAUGAUAGCGGAGACAGGCAGAUAUAUAACACAAGGGAGGUAGCGAGUUUACAGGAUUAUGUCUUAGCAUGGCGGCGUCUUGUGGAGUUUUUAUUUAUCUCGUAGCUUGGCUUGGCUUAGGAAUAUGGUGUGUGGGUAAAUGAAAUGAAUGUUGAUAUACAAUUUUGAGUACAGGUCCAGAGCAACCCUUGCAGAAGUUGUGAAUGAUGAUGGUGGGAGUUGGAGACAGCUGUACAGAUUGGGCUUAGC